GCCAUAACGCCAGAACCCCGUUUGUGUUUGUUGAAGAAAGAACGCGGCUCGUGAACGGUGAAUCGUAAAUUGGCAGCAAAAGAUGGAUUUAGACGACAAAAAGGAAAACAUUCAACCUCUCCGUUGUGGCAGACACGUUGAGCAGCUGGAGUAUGCAUUCGUGUCGCCGGAACAAUGGGAAGAGGAACGAAAGGCUCAUGAAAAGCAAAUCGACAGCUAUGCUGGGGACGAUCCACUGCAUCCUUGGUAUGAUUACUUUUUCUGGAUGGAGCAAACGAACGUGAGCAACUUCAAGCCCAUGAUACAGGAGCAAGCGCUUCGUCGGUGCGUGCAGCUGUACGAAAACGAUCCCCGGUACAUGCAGGAUCAUCGGUUCAUAAAGCUGUGCAUAAAAUAUAUCGAUGCACAACCAUCACCGGUGGAGCUGUACAACGAGCUGUACAACCGUGGCGUUGGCACGCUUUGUGCCGAGCUGUACAUUGCCUGGGCGUACUAUUACGAUGCGGUCAACAACUUUCCCAAAACGGAAGAAGUUUUUCAGAAGGGAAUGCGAGCAGGUGCAGAACCGAAAGCCGACCUCGAGCAGGCACAUAAAAUGUUUGGCUUUUCCAUGUCCCAGCGGCUGUUGCACGAGGACGAAUGCAGUAAGCUCAAGUUUCAAUCGUCUCUGGACGAGCGCCGUAAUGCGCUCACUUCGUUGAGAACCACUCGCAAGAAGCAGGUCGGUAGCAUUCGCACAGGGCUGGCGGUGAAAAGCUAUCAACCGGGGCUCGUUAAUCAGGAGAACUUAGCCAAGAGCAAUGUGGCAACAAAUGCGAUCAUUUACACCGACGAUCAGGGCAUCCCUGAGUCGGGUAGUUCGAUCGUCCGGCCUUUCUCGAGCGUCCACAACGAACCGGAAAACAUUAUCGAAGCUGCCCGGCUGUCCAAAAUGAAACCUUCGUCGCAGAAAAAGGCAGCCCUGUUCGGUAGCCAUCAGGCACCCUCGUUCGACAUACCGGUGGAUAAGGAAGAGUUUAAACCGAUCCCCGUGCUAGUGGACAAUUCCUCGAAGGGCAUCAAUCUGUCAGCAUCGUUUUGUCGUCGAAACAAGCCACAGACGCCCUUCGAGGUGGAUAUUUGUGUGGGAGAUACGAAGGAACGAGCGAUCCCUAUGUACGACAAAAUCCGGCUGUACUGUCGAGCAAAGGAGCAUAAAACGGGGGGUGCGAGCGGUGCACGAAGGACGGAAUAUUCUCCCGAAGAGCUGCGUGCCUAUCGGUACUUUGUACGGCGUGGCAUUGAGAAUCGAUUUACCCAGGAGCUGGCGCAAGUAUGGAGUCGAGGCAGCGCGGUUGGAAUACGGCUGCAUCCGCUGCACGUGUCUGCGAGCAAAUCGAACGAGUCAGACAGCGUCGCGUUUGAAAACCCUACGCUCGAUAGCUGCGACAAGAACAUUCAGACAAAAAUUCGCGACAUUUAUUCGAACCCGAAGGAGGAGCAGUCCAUCGAAGAGCUGCUGGUGGAACGAUGGCAGAAGGGGAAAAUAAAAAAGUGCUUCGACAGGCGCUUCCAGGAUGAUAUCGAUCCGGUUGACAUGGACGAAACGCACGUCGAAUCGAAACGUAUAUCGAUGGGCCCGGCACGCUUCAGUAUGGCCCCGCCGGCGGCGGCAUUUUCAAACGAUCCCAGCACGCAAUCCCUGAUGCGACAGCGUCGGUCGAUUUUCCCGAGCUCGCAUCAAACCGGGCUCGUGGCUGCCUGCAUUCAGGAAGAAACGGAAGAAGAACUGCGCAAUCGAAGCGCCACAGCAGCUAACGAGCAGCUCAAUACGUUGCAAAACUCUUCUCGAGCGUUGCCAAUGCCAUCAAGAAAACGUGCUUCGACUGACACUCUUGAGCAGGAGACGGCCAAGAAGGAGGACUCAACGCCAACUCCUCUAAAACAAGCGAUCACAAACGACGUUCAGCAACCGAGCGAACAGCAGUCGCAACCCGCUGCCGCCGUGUCCAAGAAAAUAGAAAUUUUCGUCGACGACAGUGAUGAAAAUGAUGAACGCACAGAAAAUCCGCCCGAUUUCAAGCAACCGUAUCAGAAUGUGAAUGAUGCGCCACAGCCACAGCAGCAAUCGUACUAUCCAAACGAUACCUGUUCGACGCAAAUGUUUAAUUUGUUCGUUAAAAACAUAAGCACACCGGUGGCGCCCGUUCGUAAGCCGUCUGCCGAAGAUGCCAUCCCGUCGACGGCGGGCGUCUCUAAGCGGAUAGUCGUUUUUACGGACGAUGAGGAAAAUGGCACCGAAGGAAAUGAUCAGCAAAUGGAUCCACCGCCGGAUGGGAAACGCUCCAAUCAGGGCACGUUUGCUGCUCCCCUGUCCAUUCCGGGCGCUAUUAUCAAUGACGAAAAUGCAGUGCCCUUGGUGGACAGUAUAACGCCGCCUUCCACCUCGUCGGGGUGCAACAGCACGCAGAGUCACAAGCAGCUGUCGACGAUAAUGGAGCGGACGGAAACGAGCACGGCUUCAUCGUCGACGGCCGGUGGUGUGACCAAAUCGCCGACCGAUCCGCAGGCCCACUCCCCGGAGGAACUGGAAUCGGCAACGAAAUCCACUUUCCGCGAACCACCCGAACCAGUGCGGAAACCAGUUUUCACGUUGCCCGGCGACGAUGGAAAAGGAUUCUGCAUACACGUCGACAGCACGGAAACGAUGGCAAACAUUCCGCUAAAACGCGUUCCCAUCGAAUCGCAACCGCCGGCGCAAUCGGACGAUAAGGAGAACGUGCUUGUCGCGCGUGCAACAGCCGCUGGUGGAAUUUUCCAACUUUCCGAAGAGCCAACGUUUAGCGGGUUCGGUUUUAUCGGAACCGGGACGAGCAAAAACGUUUCCCACAUGGUUCAGCGCGAGCUGGAAGCCAAUUCGAUCGUCUCAUUCCGUCUGGGCACGGAGCGUACCAAUACCGUGCCGAUACAGCUGGUAAAACCGCAGCACACGAUCGCAGAGCUGGAAGCGAUCGGUCCGUCCUGUUCGUCGGUGAAAAGUAUUUCCACCAGCAGCAACGCUAGUACCCUUGUUCGGACCGCAUCCCCUUCAACCAUUGUGGAGGCACCGCAAACCGAAAAGGAGUCCCGAAAGAAGAACAACUCACUGCUCGAUCUGCUCGACACAACAUUCUCGCCGAAGGUGACCGCAAAGGGCGAUAAAGCGGAAGGAAAGCGGGACACAGAAAUUGCACCGAAAGGCGAAGAACCACGCAAAGAAUGUUCGUUUACUUUGGAUGAUUUCAUUAAAUCACCUCAACCGAAGACAACACCCGACCAACAACCUGCAACGGCUGCUGCUCCGCCGAGCGAUGAGUGUAACGAGCUGUCGCUUCUUCCGGUGGCGCAGAUAAAGCUAGAAAAAUCACUCAACAUCGAUGCGAGCCUGCCGUUGCCCAGCUUUCGGCUUACGGAAGCGGUCCUACCGACGCAACCGGUUCCCUGCACCAAGGUGGAACGAAUCGAUUUGGACGAUUUUCCUUCACCGCUACCGUUGCCGGGCACUGGUGAGCGAGCUUCGUUCGAAGAUAUCAACACGAUGGUGUUCUCCCUCAACAUAAACCAUGCGGUCAACUCAACCAUCAUUCAGGAUGGGUUUAAAACUCCGGUGAAAAAGGCUGCUCCGGCUGCCGCAGAGUCGGAUCAUUCCAAGCUUCAGAUUAUCGAUGUGAAGGGUGGCGUAUCGCAAUCGGGGGGAGGAGGGUUCCUGAAACCGUCCGCUCCGGUCGCAAAGCAAAAUACGCUACGAGUCCCACACCUUCCCAUUGCCCACGAAGCUGAGAACGAUGAUGGAGACGUUUCGAUAUACCAUCCUCGACCGGCGCUUUCGCAGGACGAGGAACGGUGGGAUGAAGUGGAGGAGCAUUACGACGCUAGCGGCGAGACAAAUAACGUGUACCAGCACAAACCGAUCGAUAUGGACGGUACGAUGCAGCAGAUCAAUGCCGCCAUCAUGGUGGACGACAUAGAUCCGUUUGAAAAGCAGCUGCAGGAAGCGUUACUGGAUCGUGUCGACUUUCUCACGUACAUCUCGGAACAGCCGACCUGCCUGAUGGUGAACAAAAUGCAACCGCUCAAGAAGGGCACCCUCGUGGAGAUGAGGGAAGUAUCGUUCCGGGUGCAGCAGAAGAUCGGCAAAGGAUCGUACGGCACGAUAUUCUGUGCCACCAAUGAAUCAACCGGGAAGAAGGUUGCGAUGAAGCAGGAACGGCCAGCAAACCUGUGGGAGUAUUACAUCUGUCUGGAGCUGCGCAGCCGCAUCGAAAAUUCCGAUAUUCUCCCGGGCUUCAUGCCGAUAGAGUACGCGAUCAUUGGCAAUAAUGCGAGCAUUCUAAUAUCGCCCUACUCCCGGUACGGCAACAUACUGGAUGUUUGCAAUCUGGUCAAUGGUAAGACUGGCCGAAACGUGGACGAAUUCAUCGCCAUGAUACUGAGCGCGCAGAUACUGUCGAUAGUGGAUCAUCUGCACAGCUGCCAAAUUAUACACGCCGACAUAAAGCCGGACAAUUUCCUCCUAAUGGGACCCCUUCAGCUGGAUUCAAACGUACCCUGCGUGCAGCUGAUCGACUUUGGAGUUAGCAUCGACAUGAAGCUCUUCCCGGAGGAUGUUAAAUUUAAAAAGGUUAUCACCACGCAAGGUUUCACGUGCAUCGAAAUGCUGGAAGGCAAACACUGGACGUACCAGCCCGAUCUGUACGGCGUGGCCGCCACCAGCCACGUGAUGCUGUUCGGCAAGUACAUGCAGGUGCAGAAAUCGAUUGCCAACUGGGGCAUUCGGACGCCGAUGCCCCGCUACUUCAAGAAGGUCGUCUGGGAGAACUAUUUUACCACGCUGCUCAACAUACGCGACUGCGACCAUUUGCCGAACCUGCAAAAGCUGCGGACGGCCUUCCUGGAGGAGGUAACCAUGCACGAGAAGUACAUUCAGGUUAAGAUUUCCGAGUUCAAUCAGGUGCUCGCAUCGUAAAUGUAAGUGAAGUGGCUGCCACAUAUGCUUACCCUUGUUGGAAUCGUUUUUUGGGAGCUUUCUGUGCAUUUUAAGAGGAAGCGUGUGUCCUGUACUAAAUGGAUGAAUAGUUAAGGUUACUAGCGUAAGUUUUACAUCAAUACAAUAGGGCACAAUACGAGCACUGGCAAAUAAUA